AUAAUGAAAAGGCUUAUUGGCUUGUUGUCACAAGAAGUCGGAUAUCCAUAUAUCCAUUCUAAUUUCUAAUUAAAAUUUCAAAGACGUGUUUAUAUGACUAUCAUAAAAAUUAGAAUGUUGUUUGUCAGUGAAUUAGUUGACGAAAUCAAUCAGUUUAAUAGUGACAAUAAAGGUCCACUCGCAUGAGAGUUGAUUAAUUCCAAAAAUUCAGCCGUACAGAAUGGCAUUUAUCAUCCCAGACAAAAUCUUAGAAACACUCAUUUGCAACACCUGUCACAAAUACCUUUCUGUAAAGCCUGUGAAGGUCUACCCGAACAGACAUAUCAAAUGCGGAAGAUGUUCAAGGAGCAAGAAACAAGGAGAUGGAAUAAUUUCUUUGUUUGGACUUGUAGCAAACAACAGUCUUUUCAAAUGCAUCAACCGUUAUGAUGGUUGUAGGGAACUGUUAAACUACUCUCAAGUUCGAGAUCAUGAAAAAAUAUGCCAGAGCAGAAGUUACCAAUGUCCACUUUGCUCGGGAGACGAGAAAAUUCCAACGUUCUUCUUGGUAAAACAUUUCAGAGAUGAACAUAAAUCUUCAGUUCUUGACUACCCAGGUUUCGUUGUCAACUUCGAUUCUCAAUCUGAAAUGACAGAGUUAUAUAUGUAUAUAUUUGAAGAUGACCUGUUUUUCAUUAGAUUUCAGUAUAGUCUCAACGAAAGUGUAAUGCGGUUGAAUAUUUCUUACAACGGAGAUGCCAGAGCUGCCAGUAACAUACAUCAGAAAUUUUAUUUAUAUUCAGACAAAUGGUUUAAAUGUACCAAAAAGAAUGUAUGUACCACAUUAGAAGCAGAUACAUUUUAUUCCUUUUCCCUUGAUGAAUCAGAUCAAUCUGGAAUGGGGAAAACUGUUUUCAUAAAGUUUGACUUGGAAGUGACGGAACCCACACUGAAAAUGUUGCCUUCAAAGCUUCAACAUUCGGAAGAUGCCUUUGAUACUGUCUCAAUAGAUUCACUUUCUUUGAAAGAAUCCUGCAUCAUUCCAACUGCUUUUUUACCAGAUGUGGAACCUUUGCCACCCACACUGAAAACGUUACUUUCAAAGCUUCAACAUUCAGAAGAUGCCUUUGAUACUGUCCCAAUGAAAUCACUUUAUAUGAACAAAUCCAUCAUCAUUCCAACUGCUUUUUCACCGGAAGUGGAACAUUUGCCACCCAGAAAGAUUCAUCUGAGUACUACUUUUUUAAGAGCCUUUCCUGAUAUUUCAAUCAGCAGUUGUGGUACAGCUUUGAUACAACGGAAAAGGCCGAUAUUUCUUCACUGCUUCAAUUGUCAAGAAAUAUGUUGGAGGGGAAUGAGUCACGAUGUGAUGGUUCAACAGUUUUAUGUUGGCAUCACCUCUGAACAUUCAUUUUGUUACUUCUGCUUCAAGUAUCUGAAAUCUGAGAAAAAAAUCAGAAGGGAUGAGUAUAUGGUUUCUUCUCUGCCACUAGAAGCUUUGAAGAUUGUUGAAUUCUUCUGUCGUUGGCGAUGCGGAAUGUCGUUUGUAGGUAAUGAGCAUAUAGGACAUGAAGAAUCCUGCUCGAUGCGACCUGGUCUGAUAUGUCCAGUAAACAGUUGCUUUUUUUCAGGAGGAUUGAUAGGUAUCUCAAAACAUUUGAGGAAUGUACAUGGAUCAGACAGCUAUUUUUACACACAUUUUUAUAUUUCAUCCCUAUUCAAUAGGAAUAUUUUUGUAUGGGUUAACAAUAGAUUUGUUUUCUUUCAAACAAACACACAUCGAGACAUGAAAAUAAACACGGAAGUGUGUAGAGAUGGCACAAGAAGUGCUGUAGUUUUACUGUUCAAUGGCAAAAAGGAGUUUUUGACAUCCUUUAAAAAUUGUGCGGGAAUAAAUUUGGAUGAUUAUUGGAUAAAAGUAAUACUUACAAAGCGGUGAUUUUUGUAGUGAAAGAAUAUGUACAAACACCUCCAAAUGACUGACGAAUGCACAUGUAUAUUUUGACACAACAGUCAAAAGUUCUCGGGACAAUCUGUAUUAUUUUAUAAAUCUGUAUUGGGAUGAAAAAAAUUUCUGUCA